UACUCGACUCGACUCGUUUGCAGCCCUAGCCUAAGGCACCUCUCUAACGCGUGCACCCUAAGGCAUCCCCCCAAUGCCCCCAGAUCACUCUAAGGCGUCCAGUUCACCCUAGGCAUCUACCUAGGACGUCACUGACCUCAUUGAAAGCCUUAGAGGCCUAUAUAAGGAGGCUCAAGCCCUCCAAGAAGGAGACUUCUUCUCUCUCUUUCCACAUUUUACUACCCUUGGUUUUCUUACUAAACCCUAUCCCUCUCUCUCUCUACAUUUUUUAUGUACACUAUUCUCUUAUAUCGUUCUAACUUGAUAUUCAGAGUGUAGAUCACGGGGGUCACCCCUCCUCUCCACAGAGAUUCUUCCACUCCCGUGGAGAUCAUACGAGGGAGUCCAGAUCAAGGCAUUCACAAAUCACCCGAUAAAUUAUGGGGUCUAACAGAAACCCCCCCUAAUUUUGUAUCUUUCACAAAAUAAUACCCAAAGUUUCAUGGUUUUGUCUAUGAUCCCAACAUUCGUUUUGUUUUACCUCCUCGCACCCAUUUAUUUCUUCCUUCAUUUUUUAGAAAUAACCAAAUGCAUUAUUAUAAUAUCAUAUAUGUUCUGUGACAUUUUAAACAAAACUCAUAUCGAAAAAUCUUACAUCGACAAAUCUCACAUCGAGAUGUCACAUGUUUCCCUUUUUUUUAAAUACCAGCUUUUUAAAUGGUUUGCUAGCCGUUCAAUAAGAGGUAACUAAUGAAUCCUAAACCUUUCACUUUUUCGACUUGAACUGUAAUCCAAUUUUCACAACAUGGGAACUACCCGUCAAUAGAAGAACAAGUAGCAAUCUCUAACCAUUUUACGCCCACCAAAACAAGAACUAAUGAAGUCAAACUACAAACUUAAAAGAUUUUAACACGAUUUCACACGUGUUGCUUUAGAGGCAUCCCCAUUUUCGAUUCGAAAAACAACCUUGAAAGCGAAGAAAGUAAUUAUUGACACUCAACCAUGCUCCCUCUGGGUUUAUUGCCUCGCUUGCCACAUCUUUACCUACGUCAUGGGCUCCAAUUGCUAUGCUUGCAGCUCAAGCAAUUUCAUCUUCAAUGCCUAAACUAAUUAACGAGGUUCCCAGCAAUUAGCGGGCGAGAAAGGGCAUGGAAAAGGGACGAGACGACCACCCCACAUUUUCAAACGUAGAAAAGAACAUAAGUGGACUAACAAUACUCAGCAAAAAAAUGCACCAAAAGACAAGUCAAUAAGGAAAAAAGCCAUCGGACUAUGGAAAUGGAAGUUGCUGCGUUGCUUGUUUCCUACGCAAUCUCAUCCGCCUAUAAAAACUCCCACAAAACCCCUUUCUUUUCUUCCCCAGCAACGCUCUCCCUCGUUAAACCUCCAGUCCUCCAUCGAGUUUCUCUUCUCCGAAACGCGGCGAGAGAUCGAUCUUUUGAGCAGCAGCAGGCAGGCAGCUAGCACAUAUAUGGCGGGUAUAGGCACGAGUGGGCUGGCGGAAGCUUACGUGCAGAGAAAGAUAUUCAGGGAGAAGCUUGACCGCCAGGAAGCAGCCGCUGCUACUGCUAAGCACAGUGACAAUGAUGAUGCGAAGAUGGAAAAUAGAGAUACUAACUGUGGAAAGUCAAACGACAAUGGCGCCGGUGGGAAGUCGGCUGGCGGUGGUUGCUUCUUCAGGAGAUUCAAGACCCAUUCUGGUAGUACUAGUAGUGCUAGUUCCGGCGCUAGAGUUUCUGACGAAAACAUGCGCCGGUGAAGGCUGGCCGCCGGCGAUUGUUCCGCUAAUUAAUCACGACCUGAACUUAAUUCAAUUUUGGUUUCCUUUUCAUUCUAUUGUUGAUGUAUGAAUAGUACUGUUGUAUGUAAUUUGUGUUACGCCACAUCUUUGGCCCCAAAUUUCACACGUUUAUCCUUAACCCACCACCAAUAGAGUUAAUUAAUUACUUAAUUAAGAAUAUGAUCAAAG